GAGAGAGAGGCUGCACUGAGGAGCAGCUCCGCAGCUCCCUGCCUGCGCGGAGCAGCCAGAGCCACUUCCAAAAGCUGCACAAAAGAGCCUCUGUCACUGCUGAUGAGAGAUCCUUUUGAGGCUUAGGAGUCGUGACUGGCAGCACUUCAUAUCUGGCCAUCUUUAGGUUUGGAGCAAUGAAGAAUGGGAAAGAAGAAAAAGAUGGGAAAGGAGAGAGCAGGGCAGAAUAAAGCUGCCAAUCUCUCCAGCAAGAUUGACAAAGGCUGAAAUUCUGACCUUCAAAUAUAGAGACAAAUUGCUGAACAUGAUCCUGCUAAAGGGAACUCUCAGGUGAAUGUGCUGUUGCUGCUACACAGAGACAUGGGCAGCUCAGGUGUUCUGUGCUUAAAUAGCUGAUUUUUAACUAACAAAUUCCAGGAAAAGGACCUUCAAUCAGCAGAACUGGUCACUGUGUUUCCUUGCAUUGGAAGGGAAAUAAUGCUCCAUUCUACACUGGCCUUGUCCCUCCUGCUAAUUGCAGUCACUUCCAACCUUGCCAUGGCAAUUAAAAAGGAAAAACGAGCGCCUCAGACCCUGUCAAGAGGGUGGGGAGAUGAAAUUACAUGGGUACAAACUUAUGAAGAAGGACUUUAUCAAGCAAAGAAAAGUAACAAGCCGCUAAUGGUAAUUCAUCAUUUGGAAGACUGUCAAUACUGCCAAGCACUGAAGAAAGCUUUCGCAGAAAAUGAAGAAAUACAGGAAAUGGCCCAAAAUAACUUCAUUAUGCUGAAUCUCAUGCAUGAAACUACAGACAAAAACCUGUCACCUGAUGGACAGUACGUGCCUCGAAUCAUGUUUGUAGACCCAUCUCUCACAGUAAGAGCUGAUAUCACAGGAAGAUACUCCAACCGGCUGUACACGUACGAGCCGCAGGACAUGAUGUUCCUAAUAGAGAACAUGAAGAAAGCACUACGCCUCAUUCAGACGGAACUGUAACCAGUAACAGUGAAAUGAGCAGAACCUCCACGAGGUGAAGCUGCACCUCUCUGUCUCUACUUACAAGCCAAACUUUUACCAAGCAGAUUUGGUAUAUCAGAUUUCAUAAGAAAUGUUUAUGUGCAACUUGGAGAACAAAAAUAGAAUGACUAAAGCACCCGUUUGGAAAACGUGAGGAGAAAUAUUAAACACUUUGCAAUUAAUUAUCUAAAUAACUGAAAAUUAUGUUUUUAAGUGCAGCAAAUUCAAGCUGUAUUUUAGCAAUCGAAUUAUGACUCAGUUAGGUGAGCUAUGACUUCUGAAGAGGAGUUAUAAACAAUCUUUUUGACGUCUAUUUGCAAUUUAUUACAUGAGUUGAUAUCUGCAUCUUGCCUCCCCAUUUUAACUUUUAUUGCAAGAAGCUUAUUAAUUGUUAGUGUACCCCUGCUUUAUACAGUCAUUUUUCAUUGAAGGAAAGGAAACUUUGCUGUCAAAUUAGACUGGAAAGCUCAUACUACAAAUUUUGGAAUAGUUUACAUUGGGGGAAAAAAAAACAAAACAAACCCACAAAAACAAACAAAUAAAUAAACAAAUAAACAAAACCACCCCACAACAACAGUGUUCUGGGCUUAUCUUUCCUUUGUAUAAUCCUUUAAUUUUUGUUGUGGUAGCUGAAAAUGGAAGAGACUGAGCGCGCAGUCUCAGUGAGGUGAUAAUAAUCAAAAGGCAGCUACGUGUUUUGCUGCAAUAAAGAUACAAUGAAGCAAGAGAGAUGGAAGGAGAUAGACCCAGAAAUCCAAACCUGAGGCUAAAUGAUGUUUGUAAAUUCUGGCAUGAGAAAAAUGAGGACGUCUAUCCUAGCUCUUGGCAUUUAAAUGUCAUUUCAGUCAUGGGAAGCUCAGUCCAGGCCAUUCCCUCUUUUUCUGCAGCAUUCCACCGUAAAGUUGGCAGCUUACUGAGGGAAUCUGGACAUACAAAAUCUUGGCAAAAUUUUCACAGGAUUACUGUAUGCAAGGGUGGACACCUGUUUUGAGUUAAAAGCUAAAGUCAGCUGAAACGGUUUACUAUCCCAGCAAUGUGGGGGUUUGUUAGAGCAAAACAGUCAGCAAUUCACCUGCAGCAGGAGCAUGUAUGUUAUGUUACAUGUAAAGCAUCUGUGUCAUUUUUUGGUGCCAUCUGUGUUUGCUUGAUGCUGCCUCUGUACAUAUGAUGAAAGAAAGAUGUCUGCAGGAAAGCUUUGCUAAUUCACAAUACCUAGUAUUAAUAUGUCAUGAGUGAGUUAUAUGGCACAUAUCCACGUGUUCAUAACUAUGUAAAAUUUGAAUAUAAGCAUAUAUUCCAACAGAGGGGAGACAAAUGGCCUCUACAUGAAGGAAAAAAGAAUAUUUCAGUAAUUAGAAAUGUAUUGUCUUUACAAUCAGCAUGAUCUUUUUAACCUAUGGGGAAAAUGCUAGAAGUAAAAUUA